AUGUGUUUCUUUCCGGAACACCGGGGGCGGAUAAAGGCAGAGGCAAGGCACGACAAGGGAAGACAAUGCAUGACAAAGGCAAAGGCAAAUGAAAAUGGCAAGGCAACAAUAAGACAAGGUGAGGCAAGGCAAGGAAAGUCUAGGCAACUCAAAGGCAAGGCAAAGGCAAAGGGAAAAGAAGGCAAGGGGAAAUGA